UUCCCUCUUCAUUUUCCAAAGAAACGCAAAGAAAAAAAGAAAAAAAGAAAAAAAAAAACCGAGAAAAAAAGCGGUUUUUGUGAAGAAAAAGAAACUGCAAUGGCCGAUCAACUUACUGAUGAUCAGAUCUCCGAGUUCAAGGAAGCUUUCAGCCUCUUUGACAAAGAUGGCGACGGUUGUAUCACUACCAAGGAGCUUGGGACUGUGAUGAGGUCGUUGGGGCAGAACCCUACUGAGGCUGAGUUGCAGGACAUGAUCAAUGAGGUCGAUGCUGAUGGUAACGGGACCAUUGACUUUCCUGAGUUCCUAAAUCUCAUGGCCAGAAAGAUGAAAGAUACUGACUCUGAGGAGGAGCUGAAAGAGGCAUUCCGUGUUUUUGACAAAGAUCAGAACGGUUUCAUUUCUGCUGCUGAGCUGCGCCAUGUGAUGACAAACCUUGGUGAGAAGCUAACUGAUGAAGAGGUGGAUGAGAUGAUUCGUGAAGCUGAUGUUGAUGGCGAUGGCCAGAUAAAUUAUGAGGAGUUUGUCAAGGUUAUGAUGGCGAAGUGAUGACCCCACAGCCACUAAAUUUAUUAAAUGAACAUGAUCUUCAAAUUAUCAAAAAUUAAAAAAAGGAAAGGAAAUCAAGGUUGACUAAUAUAGAGCGAUUCCUAGUUUCCUUUCUUUUUAAUUUUUAUGUGAUGGGUUUUGUAGUUGAGCCUUUAGAGACGUAGUUGCCUGUUCUGGUGGUAUGGUGGCAGUUGUGUUUGUUGUCGUCAGGGAAGUUCAAUUGUUUUCUUUUCUUUUCCAAUUUUUGGUCUCUUUUGAACUUUUGACUGCCAUGGGAGGAUUCAUUGUUCAAUGUUUGGUUGGAUGGCUUAUUUUUGUUG